UUUCACUCUAUUACUCUAUGUUCAGUCUUCUACAUUGUGCAGCACCAUGCUGUCUGCAGGGAUCUUUCUCUUAGGCCUGAGUGCACUGUGUGUUCAUGGACAAAACACAUCUGUGGACGACGACUACAUGUUGUUUAAACUGUUCCUGACAGAUGAAUAUGAAGAAUACUCUGAGAUGCCUGUGAUCACUCCUGCUAUGAGCGAUUGGUUGUUCGAACUCUUGAACGAAACCGGUGUCUGUGAUCCAAACCCUUGCCUUAACGGUGGCUCGUGUCUAAAUAAAAACGAUACAGACUUCACAUGCUUGUGUUCUGAGCCUUACAUAGGCAUAAGGUGUCAACAAGUGUCGAAUCUGUGUGAGAAUGUCAAAUGUGGAUUUGGUGACUGUGUCGUAAACCUUAACAAACCUCCAUAUUAUGAGUGCAAGUGCAAACACCUCUACCAAGGCCCCGACUGCAAGCAAAUGUUGUCGUCGCCCUGUGACCCCAAUCCUUGCAACAAUGGGGGCACUUGCAGGAGUAAGGGACGCAGCUUACGCUGUUUUUGUCAAGGAGGACAUACUGGGAAAUUCUGUGAAACUGCUCCCAGUGACUGUUACGAUGGAGAUGGAAAGACAUACAGGGGUUCUGUCAGUGUAACAGAGUCCGGGCUGAACUGUCUGGACUGGCAUUCUUAUUUCAUUUUGGCCAAUUCAGACGAUCCUUUCACCAUUUACUCAGAAUUUACGGGACUGGAAUACAACAACCACUGCAGGAACCCAGAUGGGGAUGACAAGCCUUGGUGUUUUAUAAAGAAAGAAGGCAAACUAGAGUGGGAACACUGCAAAAUCAAGAAGUGCUCUGAAGACUCAACGUCUGCACCAUCAACAACACCACUAGUCACAUCGGUGACAGACUCUGCCCAGUUCUCCCAGUGUGGCAUAUCUCGGCCCGUUGCCACCAGCAGGAUCUUUGGGGGUAGCAAGUCAUUACCUGGUGCCCACCCCUGGCAGGUGUCCCUGCAGACCAGAACCAAAGGCUCAACCGACGAGUUUGGUCACUUGUGUGGUGGGAUCCUCAUCACAUCCUGCUGGGUCCUCACUGCUGCCCACUGCAUUAAAGAUACUGACGAAUUCCAAGUGGUGUUAGGAGGAGUGAACAUAGAGAAAGACGAAGCAAUGGACCAGACCAUCCCAGUAAUCGACACAAUUGUUCAUGAGAACUACGAGGCUACUUCAGAGGCUCUUUAUAGUGACAUUGCUCUGCUUAAACUACAGAAUCUUACGGACAGCCCUUACUGUGCCAGGGAAACCAACUUUGUGAAGGCAGCGUGUCUACCAAGCCAUGUGUUCCCCACUGGAAAGGAGUGUGUGAUCUCAGGAUGGGGAGCCACUAAAAAAGAGGAGUACAGCUCCAAGUUGAUGAAUGCUCGUGUUUUCCUGAUCUCGGAUGAGCGAUGCAGCGCUCCUGACAUCUAUGGAAGCAUACUGGACUCCAGUAUGCUCUGUGCAGGGAUUUUGCAAGGCGGAAUCGACUCCUGUCAGGGUGACUCAGGUGGACCCUUGGUGUGUGAGGAAAAUGGCACUAACUACGUCACUGGUGUGGUGAGCUGGGGCGAUGACUGUGGCCUGAAGAACAAGCCUGGUGUCUACGCCAACGUCCAUAGAUUUAUCGGCUGGAUCAAAAGCAAGAUCUACAGUUAAUUUGGUUUUGGGGAAGAGAAACAGACUACAGCUUAGUUUGCCUUGGAAAAAAACAGUUUAUUUUAUCAGCAAUAAAACCAAGCAUUUACUCCCAGCCCAGCUUUGAGUUAAAAAGGGCACUGUUACAAACUCACGAAGCUGAACCUGCCAGACAAAAAUGUAGAUCACACAUCAUUUCAGUAGGCCUAGACUUCUUUCUCACUGAGCCUAGCUCAAAGUGCACUGGGUUUAGCAGACCCCGUAAGAAAAACCGCAUGUUUUGCAGGGCUGCAACGAGAUUUUGCGUCGCUCAACUUGUCGCACGUGUUCUUCUCUAAAGAUAAAAAAUAAAUAAAUGAUGAAAAAUA